CCACCAUGUCCACCAUUCAGCAGCUGGUAGGAAGAUGGCGCUUAGUGGAAAGCAAAGGCUUUGAUGAAUACAUGAAGGAAGUAGGAGUGGGAAUGGCUCUGCGAAAAGUGGGUGCAAUGGCCAAACCAGAUUGUAUCAUCUCUUCUGAUGGCAAAAACCUCACCAUAAAAACUGAGAGCACUUUGAAAACAACACAGUUUUCAUGUAACCUGGGAGAGAAGUUUGAAGAAACUACAGCUGAUGGCAGAAAAACUGAGACUGUCUGCAACUUCACAGACGGCACAUUGGUUCAACAUCAGGAAUGGGAUGGGAAGGAAAGCACAAUCACAAGAAAAUUGGAAAAUGGGAAAUUAGUGGUGGAAUGCGUCAUGAAUAAUGUCACCUGUACUCGGGUCUAUGAAAAAGUAGAGUAAAAAUUCCAUCAUCAUUGUGGACAGGAAUUAGCUGUGAGGAUGAACAAGCUCAGUUCAAUGAGCAAAUCUCCAUACUGCU